AUGGCGCGCUCGGUUAUCUGUUAUCCUUGUGCUUUCACAACGCUCACGCCGACGCUCUACAUAUCACCACCAGGGCCAUCCGUUAUGUUAGCUACACAAGAUCAUUUGGUUACGGUACAGUCUAUUCUUCCACGGAAAUCGGCAGUGUCCUGCGUGCGGUUCACCAGGAUCCCCAGCAAUCCACCAGUCCUUCUUUGUCGAUACGUCGACGAUCUGCUUAUGCUUAAUUGUCCAGAUUCUUAUCCGCCCCUGCAGCACAUAUAUGGCCAGCAUUUUGGCACUGAAAUCACUGGUUCUGAUAUUUCCGUUGACUACUCAGAUAUGACCUUCACCAUA